GUUAGGAGCGGCCAAACCGAAACGUGGCAUCAGUGCUUGAAGUCGCUAACUUCUAGUCUUAGCCAUAUUGGUAGAUGCAGACUACUCGGUUGGGGUCCGCGUGUCUAUCGUAACCAAUGUUUGGAGACUCCGUGUGACAUGGCUCAGAGUCGAUCACAAUGACGUAGAUGUAUACACUUUCUGUCUUCCCUUAAACUAUGAAAUUAAAAUUAUUUCAUAUCUUUCUUUCUGUACUGUAUCCUUACAUAAAAUCUUUUCUUUAUAUACUUCACCUUUGAGUUAACUGCUUCUAUGAAUCCGGUGUUCUUCCUGCUGUGCUAAUGUGGUUUGGCAACUUGGACUGAUGCAUGUAUGUGCCUGGUCCUACGUUGUAGCUGACUGACUGACUGUAUAAUAUGAUUUGUAAUAGGUUUCCGGACUGAUGAUAACAAACUAGAGUUAUCGGAAAGUACGAUACUAUUACGGAACAUAAUGCGGAAAAUUAGGACGUAUUUUGACGCCAAUUACACCGAUUAAAGUCUAGCUAAAGAAACACUGGGUCCUUCAGAUUUAUGAAAUACAAAAAAAUGAACAAGCUGAUUGUUGGAAAACAGCACAUAAUUGUAUCAAGCUGGAGUACUAGGACUGAACAAAAAUAGACAAAAAUGUUGAUCAGUCAUUCAGAGUACAUAUUGAUUUCAGCAGAAACUCACAGAAGUAAAACUUGACAACAAAAAGAAUGGCAAGAGUUAUGCUGUAGGAAGAAGAAAAAUAGAUUUAACUAAAAUGUCGAAAUAAGAGUAUUCAUAAAUGAUGUAACCUCACAUAGAAAACUUGUGAAGUUCGUGAAGCUGUUUCUCAAUAAGUAAGACUUCUCAACGUUUUGUAUUUACGAUUUUUCUGUUAGUCACCUAUUACUUAUUUCCUGUAAAUCCUGAAUGAUGUCUGGCUUUGUGAACUUAGUUAAGAUGAAAAACUUCAUUAAUAUUAUCAGUAACAGUAAAUUCAUUUGUGUAUUUAAAAAAUCAACCACAAAUAAUAAGAAAAUUAGUUCAAAAUUAAGUACCUCCUUAGUAAUAGUGGUAGGAACGUGAUAUAUAGCUGAUCGAAAGUCUCAACAAAUAAAUCUGGCUUAUAAAGAUUCAGUAAUCUAUUUCUCAAAAAAUUAUUUCAUUCUAUGCAUUUUAUUUACAUGCCAAAGAAUGUGGCAGCAGUCUGGACGACAAGCACAUCUAUCAUGGUUACCCGCCUACGCUAAACAAACCCCUCCACCACAUGCUGUUGAAGCUGAUGUUAAUAUCUACGUUAUUCGUGGUCGAGUUAAUGAUGAUGUGAUACCUGGAAAAUGGCCCAUAUAUCUUGGUAAAGGUUAUGUACCAUAUGGUGGAAAAGAAGUUGAAUUGGACAGUUUCGAAGUGUUGUGCAACACAAGUUUAAAGCCAACAGAACACUUUUAUGAAUGGGUUUCAUAUACUGGAGGCAAUGUACCAAACAAUGCAUUACAUGCUGGUGAAACUCAGUCAUCCGAACCUUUAUACAUAGCUCGUAGAUUAGUGAAUAAUGAGAUGUGUGUUGGUAAAGUCCAUCCAUCACAUGGUUGCGCAUAUUUUCCAUGGGGUGGCGAGGAACAUUCGGAGAAGAGUUAUGAAGUACUGUGUUAUCUAGAUUGA